AUGGCGGAGGGAGGAGCGGCGGAUCUGGAUACUCAGCGAGGGGAGGUUGCGGCGCUGCUGAAAACGCCGCUGCGGAAGGGGGACACUUGGUACUUGGUAGACAGCCGCUGGUUCAAACAGUGGAAAAAGUAUGUGGGCUUCGACAGCUGGGACAGAUAUCAGAUGGGAGACCAGAAUGUCUACCCAGGACCUGUUGACAAUUCUGGACUCCUCAAAGAUGGUGAUGUGUUGGUCCUCAAGGAGCACCUCAUUGAUGAGUUGGACUACAUCCUGGUCCCCACAGAGGGCUGGAAUAAGCUUGUCAGCUGGUACGGGCUGACGGACAACCAGGAGCCAAUAGCACGCAAGGUGGUUGAACAGGGCAUGUUUGUAAAGCACUGUAAGGUGGAGGUGUAUCUCACAGAACUCAAGCUGUGCGAGGACAGGAACAUGGAAAAUGUUGUCACCAGGCGAUUCAGCAAAGCCGACACCAUAGACACCAUUGAGAAGGAGAUGAGGAAGCUGUUCAGCAUUCCUGACGAGAAGGAGACCAGGCUGUGGAACAAGUACAUGAGCAACACGUUUGAGCCCCUCAGUAAACCAGACAGCACAAUCCAGGAUGCUGGACUCUAUCAAGGACAGGUUCUUGUAAUAGAGCAAAAAAAUGAGGAUGGGACGUGGCCACGAGGCUCCUCAACACCCAAGUCAUCAGGUGCUUCCAAUCUCUCGACUUUACCAAAGAUCUCCCCUUCAUCUCUGUCAAACAAUUAUAACAGCUUCAACAACAGAAAUGUAAAAAACUCCAACUACUGCCUGUCGUCGUACCCUGCGUAUAACAGCUACGAGUGCUCGGACCCGGGCCGGCACAGCGAGCGACCGGGACUCUGUGGCCUGUGCAACCUAGGGAACACCUGCUUCAUGAACUCUGCAGUGCAGUGUUUAAGCAAUAUCCCUCCGCUCACGGAAUACUUCCUCCAAGACAAGUACCAGGACGAGCUGAACCUGGACAACCCCCUGGGGAUGAGGGGGGAGAUCGCCAAGGUGUACGCCGAGCUCAUCAAGCAGGUGUGGUCAGGGAAGUACAGCUACGUCACCCCCCGGCCCUUCAAGACCCAGGUGGGCCGUUUCGCCCCUCAGUUCUCAGGCUAUCAGCAGCAGGACUCCCACGAGCUGCUGGCCUUCCUGCUGGACGGCCUGCACGAGGACCUCAACCGCAUCCGCAAGAAGCCGUACAUCCAGCUGAAAGACGCCGACGGCCGGCCUGACAAGGUGGUGGCCGAGGAGGCCUGGGACAACCACACCAAGCGGAACGACUCCAUCAUCGUGGACAUCUUCCACGGCCUCUUCAAAUCCACCCUCGUCUGCCCCGUCUGCUCCAAGGUCUCCGUGACCUUCGACCCCUUCUGCUACCUGACGCUCCCCUUGCCCAUGAAAAAGGAACGCACUCUGGAGGUCUACCUGGUCAGGCUGGACCCCCUGGCCAAACCCACGCAGUAUAAACUGACCGUGCCCAAGGUGGGCUACAUCUCCGACCUCUGCGCUGCACUCUCCACUUUAUCCGGGGUACCUGCUGACAAGAUGAUUGUAACAGACAUAUACAACCACCGGUUCCACCGAAUAUUCGCCACCAACGAGAACUUGAACAGCAUCAUGGAGCGGGACGACAUAUACGUGUUUGAGGUAGCGGUGAACCGCGCGGAGGACACGGACCACGUGGUGAUCCCGGUGCACCUGCGGGAGAAGUACAAGCAGUCGGGCUUCAACAACACCAGCACGCCCCUAUUCGGCCAGCCCUUCCUCAUCACUGUGCCGCGCUGCCUGAGUGAGGAGAAGUUCUACAACCUGCUGCUGCUCCGCAUGUGCCGGUUCAUACGCACAGCCCCCGAGGAGGUGGAAGAGGAGGAGUCAGUGGAGACGCACGUCCCCAAACAGCAUGGCAUCAACGGAGACGCCACCAAUGGACUCCUGGAGGAGGGCUCUCCCAGUGAGAUGGAAACUGACGAACAGGACGACGAAUCCAGUCAGGACCAGGAACUGCCGUCUGAGAAUGACAACAGCCAAUCCGAGGACUCGGUGGGCGGGGACAACGAUCUAGAGAAUGGCAUCGGCCCGGACCAGACGACCAAAGGCCAACCGUUUGCGGGGCACAAAAAGCGACUCUUUACAUUCCAGUUUAACAACAUGGGCAAGACGGACUACAGCUACAUCAAGGAGGAGCCCAAGGAAAUCAGGUUCGACGAGGGACACCUACGACUCAGCGACAGGUCCUAUCUCUCCUUGGACUGGGAGCCUGAUGUGAAGAAGAAAUACUUUGAUGAAAGUGUAGCAGAGGAUUUUGAGAAGCACGAAAGCAUGGAAUACAAACCUCAGAAGAAAGCCUUCUUCAAGCUGAAAGACUGCAUUGAGCUCUUCACCACCAAGGAGAAGCUGGGGGCGGAGGACCCAUGGUACUGUCCCAACUGCAAGCAGCACCAGCAGGCCACGAAGAAGCUGGACCUGUGGUCGCUGCCGCCGGUGAUGGUGGUCCACCUCAAACGCUUCUCCUACAGCCGCUACAUGCGGGACAAGCUGGACUCGCUGGUGGACUUCCCCCUCAGUGAUCUGGACAUGUCAGAGUUUCUGAUCAACCCAAACGCUGGCCCCUGCAUCUACGAUCUGAUCGCUGUCUCCAACCACUACGGAGGAAUGGGAGGGGGGCAUUAUACUGCCUUUGCUAAGAACAAGGACGAUGACAAGUGGUACUACUUUGAUGACAGCAGUGUGUCGCCUGCCAAUGAAGAACAGAUCGUGUCCAAGGCUGCGUACGUACUAUUUUACCAGCGGCGGGACACUGUUAGCGGGACGGGCUACUUCGUCCUCGACCGGGAGGCCUUGGAGGCCGCCUCCUCGCAGGGGGCGUCCGCGCAGAGCGACGAGGACCUGAAUGAGAACGAGAACGAGAAUGACAACGAGAACGGGAACGAGGACGAGAACGAGAACGAGGACGAAGAGCGGGAGCCCAACCACGACAUCACCAUGAACACCAACUGAGAGGGGGACGGGGGGGACGUCACGUCCAAAGCCAUAACCACACCACAGAGAGACGCGCGGAGAGCCUCCCAACCGAGCUGUAUCUGCUCAGACGCAGGAAUGUCUUUAAGGGGAAGAGUACGGAGACUUUACGGGAACGUCCAGCUGAGGGAACGCUAAGCAAUCCGGGGCUGCCCCAGCCUAGGCCUGUCUGUCUGCAGUGGUCACGAUGCCUACAUGUGCAUUUCUUUAUUUUUUAACCAUUUUAUUUCCCCACCCAAUAAGACAUGGGGCCUGCAGGUGGAAUCAGGUGGAUUAUCUGCACAUACAGGGUACACACUCACCCCUGUGAGCCCAAAGAAUGCCAGUAAUCUGUACUUUGGCUCUCCCCUGUUGCUAUGUUUUAUAUCUCUCGAGCAAUAGACAUAUUUGCGUAUCAUUUUAACAUUAUUUUUUGCUUUGUAAAUACUUCCAGUGAGUGCUGAAUGCGGGUUUUCAUAUCAUGGUGAAACUACUGGACUUCUGAAUUUGUCGCACAAUCACUCCACACGCGUGCCACAUGUACUGCAGACAAUGGGCAACCACUGAGGAGGGCCUUCACUUUAAAAAUGCAAACUGCCUUUAACCUGCGAGUAAAAUGCAUCAUUCAACCCUUCUACUCUGGAGUUAGGAACGUUUUUAUAACCGUUUAACAGUCAUGUUUAUUUUUAAUGCUGCUUUAAGACAGAUUCAGACAGAAUUUUAGACAAUUUUGCGGAUAAACAUGUUUGCUUUAUACAUGUUUUCUCUCUAAAUUGACCCCUUAACCCCACACUCCACUGUGUAACUGCAUCAGCUGGCUCCUUCUGUGGAUGUAAGAGUAUUCGAUUAUGAUUAUGGCGUUACCGAGGUUUUAUG